CCCUCGGGCUCCCGGGAGCCGCGGCAGGACCGGCCAGGAGGCGCCAUGGAGGGGAGCCCCAUCCCGGUGCUGACGGUGCCCACCGUGCCCUACGAGGACCAGCGGCCGGCCGGCGGCGGGGGACUGCGGCGGCCCACCGGCCUCUUCGAGGGCCAGCGCAACUACCUGCCCAACUUCAUCCAGAGCGUGCUGUCGUCCAUCGACCUGCGUGACCGCCAGGGCUGCACCAUGGUGGUGGGCAGCGACGGCAGGUACUUCAGCAGGACGGCCACCGAGAUCGUGGUGCAGAUGGCCGCGGCCAACGGGAUUGGACGACUGAUUAUUGGACAGAAUGGCAUCUUGUCGACACCUGCUGUUUCCUGCAUCAUCAGGAAGAUCAAGGCAGCUGGUGGAAUCAUCCUAACAGCCAGCCAUUGCCCUGGAGGACCAGGGGGAGAGUUUGGAGUGAAGUUCAAUGUUGCCAAUGGAGGUCCUGCACCAGAUGUGGUCUCAGACAAAAUCUAUCAGAUCAGCAAAACAAUCGAGGAAUAUGCCAUAUGCCCUGAUCUUCGAAUUGACCUAUCUCGGCUUGGAAGACAAGAAUUUGACCUGGAGAACAAAUUCAAGCCAUUUAGAGUGGAGAUAGUGGACCCAGUAGAUAUCUAUCUCAACCUCCUUCGGACCAUCUUUGACUUUAAUGCCAUCAAGAGUUUGCUGACAGGGCCUGGCCAACUGAAGAUCCGAGUUGAUGCGAUGCACGGAGUCAUGGGACCCUAUGUGAGAAAAGUCUUGUGUGAUGAGCUGGGAGCUCCAGCCAAUUCUGCAAUAAACUGUGUUCCCUUGGAAGAUUUUGGAGGGCAGCAUCCUGACCCAAACCUGACAUAUGCAACAACCCUUCUGGAAGCUAUGAAAGGAGGAGAAUAUGGAUUCGGAGCUGCAUUUGAUGCUGAUGGGGACCGUUAUAUGAUUCUAGGCCGAAAUGGCUUCUUUGUGAGCCCUUCUGACUCACUGGCCAUCAUUGCUGCCAACCUCUCUUGCAUUCCAUAUUUCCGUCAGAUGGGGGUUCGAGGGUUUGGGAGGAGUAUGCCCACCAGCACGGCCCUGGACAGAGUGGCCAAAUCAAUGAAGGUCCCUGUAUAUGAGACCCCAGCGGGAUGGAGAUUCUUCUCCAAUCUGAUGGACUCGGGACGGUGCUCUCUGUGUGGAGAAGAGAGCUUUGGCACUGGCUCCGAUCACCUCCGGGAAAAAGAUGGCCUCUGGGCUGUCUUGGUCUGGCUUUCCAUAUUGGCUGCCCGGAAGCAGAGUGUGGAGGAAAUCGUCCGAGAUCACUGGGCCAAAUUUGGCCGCCACUAUUAUUGCAGGUUUGACUAUGAGGGGCUAGAGCCCAAGACAACAUAUUACAUCAUGAGGGACCUGGAGGCCCUGGUCACGGACAAGUCCUUCAUCGGCCAGCAGUUCGCCGUGGGAAACCAUGUCUACAGUGUGGCAAAAACAGACUGCUUUGAAUAUGUGGACCCCGUGGAUGGCACGGUGACCAAGAAACAGCUGAAAUCUCCCGGAGUCCCCACUCAGUGCUUCAUGGUUAUGAGACUCUUCCAGCUCUUGACAGAAGGAAUCCUCCAAUCCUGGUGGUGUGAAAAAUGGACAAUAUGACAGAUGGUGCCAGCAUCAAGUGAUGGCAUAUGGCUACUAGGGUGGGCAUCGAUCCAGAACCAUGACCUGUAUUUUGAGAAUUACCUUUGAAGAGAGAAACCCUGAUACCAGGAGCAAAAUUUAAGGAACUGAGUCUCUCCUCAUGACUUGUCCCAUGCCUGUAUUGCUGCUUAACAAGAUAAAAAAUCAUGAACUUCCACCAGUGCUGAAGUCAUUUGCCGGUAACAGUUCAGCUGAUAUUAAAAAACCUGAUGUAAAUAAAAGCAUACCAGUUAGCUGAUGUGGAAAACCAAAUCCAAUUGGAUUAUGUCAGGCUAACUCUCAGCUUAUUAAUACCUCUUCAAAUUAUGCAGCCUGUGUGGAAACAUUUUGAUGUUGUCCUCAACCUGGAAAAAAGAACCAUUUGAAAUUAGUUCAGAGAAAAAGCACGCUUUGAAGACCGAUUGGCAAAGUCAAUUCGCUUUUAGAGUUGUUAUUUUAAUAUGCAAGAAGGUGUCCGCAUUUUUUAAGUUCAAUAUUUAGAAACAAUGAAGCAAGUAAAUUGGCAAUCUUGAAAUCACAUUUUAGCCUGGCCUUUGGUGCUUUAAUAUAUACCGCAGUGCUACGACCCUUGGUUACGCAGAGAGAGAGAAAUUUAUCAUGACCUCGUUUCUGGGGGCAUCAUAUGAAGACAACUGAUUGGUGUUAGCUGGAGAAUCUAGGGGCCAAGGACUGAAUUCUCUAUUUAGAGUUAGCUGGUCAACCUUCAACUUUCUUCACAUUCUAACCAAUGAACCAAGGGAGAGACUGUUGUGAACACCUUGUCUCUGUACUAUGCCACUUGCUGGAGUGUGGUUUGUGCAUCUCAAAGUGGAAUUAAAAAAAUCAUCUCAGUCAUGCUGAUUAUCCCACCUGUGGAGUUUAGUUGACUCUGAAAGUUAGUACCUACAAACAGUCCUCCUCUGUUGAGCGACAGAAAUGUUUAGGUAGUGAGGUGUUGUCAUUACAUGUAUACCGUGAUAAAAUCUGGGUGAAGAAAUCCUGUCUCUGUUGCAAGUUGUGAUGUUGAAACAAAAUAUCCUCGUAAUAAAUAUAUAUUCCUUUAGUAUUGUAUUUAGUACAAUACAGUGAAUAUAGUGGAAGUGUGAUUCAUUCAUGCCUUCGUCCGUUCCCUGAAUAUUAACCAAACACCUACUAUACGCCAGUCAGCUUGCUGGGCACUGAGGAUACACCGGCAUACAGAACAGUCUCGCAGGGAAGACAAACUGACGUUAAACUUGUAAUCACUAUAGGGUUUAUUGAACAGUAUUACAGAGAAAGAACUUAUCUGGGAGGGCAUAGCGGGGGGAGCUCACCUCAAGUAGGGCUCCGAGGAGGUGAUAAUUAAGCUGUGCCCUGAAGAAUGAGUGGGAACUGGCCCAGGGUAAACCAUCUUGUCAGACUAAAGGCUUUCUUCAAUCUAAUGUAGCUAAACCAUUGUUUGGCUUUCCAGAUAAAGAACUGGGAUUUCCUAUAGGCAAUAGUGUUCUCACUGGGAUGUUACAAUACUUAGAAUUCUCUACUUCGGUGUUCAUUCUACCACAUUGCAGUUGUGCUAAAUAAAUACAGCCGGGCCUUUUGGUUGGACACCUUGAAAACCAUGUAUUAGGGGCACCUGGGCGGCUCAGUCAGUUAAGCAUC